UCCGCCAGAGUCGGAAGCCAGACCCCAGUCGGAUUGCCAAGCACGCAGAUAACCCUUAUCGAGGCGAAACGGAAGCCAGCCUAGGCCGAAAUGCGGCUGCUACUACUGGGAGUGGUUCUCCUGCUGGUCCUGACCGCCUUUGCGGACAGCAGUGCCACCGCCAAUCACACCAAGCAGAUCCUCAAAUGGGCCACCGAUCGCAUUCACCGCGUAUGGGACAUCAAUCGCAAGAUCUUCGUCCAGCUCACGGCCAAGGGAAAGUCGCCGCUGGGCGGAACGGUGGUCAGUUCCAAGCAGGAGGUGGAGGCGGAGACCUAUCGCCUGUACUACGAGCUGGCGGCCAACUUGAGCGUGGUGCCGGUGGCCGAAUUGGAUGAUCCGCUGCAGCGGCGGUUCGUCCAGCGAAUGUCCAAGCUGCAGCUGCAGGGACUCCGGCCGAAGGACUACGAGCAGGCCAAGGACCUGCUGCGGCAGAUACAUAACUUUGUCAGCGGAUCAAUGGUCUGUGCCCACGAGGAGUGCUCGGGCUCGGGGGCGCUGGCCAUGUAUCCGCAAAUCUUCAACAAGAACAUGCACACCAAGCAAUACGAGGAGCUGUUGAGGAACUGGAAGAGCUGGCGCAGGGCCGUAAACGAAAAGGACGUGGCCAAGAGCACGUUUAUCGACUAUGUGCGCCUGCUCAGGAUGGCGGCCACCUACAACGGCCAUGUGACGCCCUCGCGCACCUGGUACCUCAACUACGACACGGAGAACUUCCAGGCUGAGCUCGAGGCCGUCGUGUGGGAGAUUAUGCCGCUCUACCGGGAGCUGCACGCCUACCUGCGCCACGAGGUGCAGGCCGCCUACCCCAAGGCGGAGACCAAGAGCGAUGGCGCCAUCUCCGCACCCAUCAUGGACCAGAUCCUGUCGCAGGACUGGUACCCGCACCAGUUCUUCCGCACCCCGCACCAUGGCAAGCAGCACCAGUUGCCCUCGGUCCAUCGGCGCCUGGAGCAGGUCCUGGUGACGCCCGUCAAGAUCAACCACAAGGCCGCCGAGUUCUUCGAGUCACUGGGCCUUAUCAAGCUGCCAAGUACCUUUUACGACCGCUUUUCCCGCCGGAUGAGUGAGGAGGAAGCCGGAGGUGACUGCAAGUCGCAGGUGUAUUACUUUCCGCCGGACGUGGCCCUCCGCUACUGCCCCAAACUGGACUACAAGAAGUUGAUGCAGGUCCACGGAACGAUGGCCGAGAUCCAGUACUACCAGUACAAGAUGCGGCUGCCGUUUGGUCUCGACACAGAGCCAUGUCCUGGAUUUGGCGCUGCAAUAGCGGAGACGGUUAUCCUGGCCUCAGGAACCGCACGUCACCUGGAGCACCUUCACAUCCUGUUGAACAAGAGCCUCACCGAGGAGCAGUCCCUUAACCGACUUUUCCGCAUGGGCGUGCACACCUUGAUCGCCGUGCCGCAGUACUUCAUUAAUGACAAGUUCCUGGUGGACGUUAUGGACGGGCGGAUUGGGGUGAAGGACUACAACUGCGCCUACUGGGAUCUCCAGGAUAAAUUCGCGGGAGUUCAGCCACCAAGUUCACGCCUGAACAAGGACUUUGAUCCAGACUUUAAGUUCUAUCGCGGCUUAAACCCGGAAACAUCGAACACCAAGAAAUUCCUGGCCGAGAUUCUGGGCUUCCAGUUCUACCGCUCCUUCUGCCUGACGAGCAACCAGUACAAGCCCGGAGAUCCCGAGUUCCCACUGCACAACUGCGACUUCUACGGCAACCAGGAGGCGGGCAAGAAGAUCCACGACAUGAUGGAGCUGGGAGCCACUCGCCAUUGGCGCGAUGUCAUGGAGAUCGCCACCGGGGAGCGCAAGUUGAGCGGUCGCGGCAUCUUGGAGUACUUCGCCCCCCUCUUCACCUGGCUGAAGGAGCGCAAUAAGCAGCUGGACAUUGAGCCAGGCUGGGAUGCAGAUGAAUUGUGUCGCAGGGACUGAAAUCCCAGUCCAGUUAUCUAAGCAUAUAUUUUACCUCAAAAUAAACCAACAUAUAUGAACAUAAAUAAUUCGAUGGCUUAAAAA